CACCCGGCAGUGAAGACGCUGCGAUGGCGAUGGCGGCGGAUCCGAGCUAUCCGCGCACCUCCAUCGAGGAUGACUUCAACUACGGCAGCAGCGUGGCCUCGGCCAGCGUCCACAUCCGCAUGGCUUUUCUACGAAAAGUGUACAGCAUUCUUUCAGUUCAAGUUCUUCUGACCACAGUGACAUCCGCUGUUUUCCUCUACUCCAGUACCGUUCAGACCUUUGUGCAUGAAAGGCCUGCUUUGCUUCUGCUAUCUGUGCUUGGAUCUUUGGGCAUGAUUUUAGCCCUAACCCUGUACAGACAUCAGCAUCCUGUUAAUUUAUACCUACUGUUUGGAUUUACCUUUUUGGAAGCACUGACUGUUGCUGUUGCAGUGAGUUUCUAUGAUGUAUCCAUUGUCCUACAAGCUUUUAUUCUUACUACUGCUGUGUUUCUUGGGCUAACUGCAUAUACUCUGCAGUCGAAGAGAGAUUUCAGCAAAUGUGGAGCUGGGCUCUUUGCUUGCUUGUGGAUUUUAAUCCUCUCAGGUUUCUUGCGGCUGUUUUUCUAUAGUGAGACAAUGGAACUGGUAUUUGCAGCUGGCGGAGCUCUUCUGUUCUGUGGAUUUAUCAUUUAUGACACUCAUUUGGUGAUGCACAAGCUGUCCCCUGAAGAGUAUAUAUUGGCUUCAAUCAACCUCUAUUUGGAUAUCAUCAAUCUGUUCCUACACCUGCUGCGUUUACUGGAGGCAUUCAAUAAAAAGUAACUGAAGGCAGUCUAAAUGGAAAUAUGAUGUGCAUAGGGUUAAACAACUGAAUAGUGUUGGUUACUAUCUACAAACCAUGCAGUAUAUUUUUUGAACUAAAUCUUAGCAUCUUUCAUUCCAUGGUUAUUGACUCUUUAGAAAUGAAUGGGCUUUCUUGUAGCUGACACCAGUCUAUUCUAAAAUGUAUUUCAUUACAUGCUGUAUCCGUUUCAGUUACCGUUGCAAAGGCUCCAUUUAAUUUGCAGCUAAGAUUCAUGAUCAAAACACUGGUCAAAUUUGCUCUGCUGCCAGCAAUUAAACAGUGGAGUUUUCUAUUUCAACUAUUCUGCAACUACCAGAGACAGUUCUUUUGGAAUCAGAACAGAAAAUUGCGCUUAAUCUUGUCACCCUGUAACAAUCCUUUAAUUCCACCAGUCAGGUGUGUACCUUCCUUUAAAAGAUUUUAUUCCUAUUUAGAGAAAUGGGAUGAUUGCAUUACUAAGGACAAAAUAUCACUUUAAAAAAAA